CAUGUCAGCGUGUUCAAAAUCUUCCAAGCCCUGUGCCCCUCCACCCAUGGAUAUGGCCAAGUGGGCCAUGGCAGAGAAUUCAUGUUGAUUUUGCUGGGCCUUAUGAAGGCCAUAUGUACUUAGUAGUAGUCGAUGCCCACUCAAAGUGGCCUGAGGUUCAACUAAUGGAUAGUGUCACAACUAGUAAGACUGUUCAUGUCAUGAGGACCCUUUUUAGUCGUUAUGGGAUACCUGAAGUCCUUGUUAGUGACAAUGGCCCACAGUUCAUUUCUGAUGAAUUUGCAUAUUUUAUGAAAACCAACCAUAUUAAACAUAUACGAUCUGCUCCCUAUCAUCCAGCUACCAAUGGGCUUGCAGAACGCUUUGUGCAAACUUUCAAACAAGCUUUGAAGGCAUCAAAAGGAUCUGCUUUAGUACAGCAAAGACUAGACACGUUUUUACUCUCAUAUCGCAAUACUCCACAUGCUACAACACAGGAAUCUCCAGCUAUGCUUUUUAUGGGUCGCAAAUUACGUUCACGGCUAGAUGUGCUUAAACCAAAUGUGGCUUCUACAGUGAGUCAGUCUCAAGAUGUUCAGCUGUUGCACAGUAACCGGAAAUCCAGACAAUUUAAUGUGGGUGACCCAGUGCUGGUCCGGGAUUACCGAAGGGGAGAAAAGUGGACACCUGGAGUGGUAACCUCCCAGUUGGGACCAGUUUCCUACAGUGUAAAAGUUGGGAAUGCUGAAGAUUGGAAACGGCAUGCAGACCAGUUACUACUCAACCGAGCAAAUGAAAGUGUUCCACAGGCCACACAGCCAGAAGAGACACCUUCUUCCAACUUGGUAACAAUGUCACCAGUAACAUUAGAGAAUAAUACAGUCGAUGCAGGGCAUAACCCUACGGGAGUAGGCUCAGUCAUUCCAGACAUGGUUCCUCAAACUAGUGAACCUCAGACAUAUGCACCUCCAACUUCACCUACAGAGAGCAGUGGCAGACGCUAUCCUUUGCGAGUAUCUAAGCCUCCAGAUCGUUUAAAUCUUUAAAUGUUAUAAAGUAGUUGAAACAGUACAAUGUAUUUAUGUAAAUAGUUACCUUCAAGCAGAACUGCUCCAUUCUGGAUAUGUGGCAGUGAACUACAGCUUUGUUAUAGUAGUUUUGCUCAUUUUGACUGUUUAGUCUUUGUGGUUUUAUAAAUAGGUGGGAGGGAAAUGUUAUGUAUUGAAAUAAAUGUAACAAUGAUUGGUAGUAUUCCCAGGCAGAAGGGGGCGCCAGAGUGGGGUUAAGAGAGAUCUUGGACAAGCAGUUUCAGAGAACGUUCUUAGUAAAAGCCUACGGUGCAGUUAACUUCUGGCCUCAGUGUUUGUCAUUGAAUAUCAGCCUCAAUUGACCUAAC